UAUAUCAGUACUUAUUUGAAAAGUCAAUUGGAGUGACUGAAUGUCAAGAGAACUUAAAUUCUCACUCAAUGUCGAGUUAAUUUAAGUUUCCUCUCAACUUGUGACGGCGUAUAAAUACCUACUGCCUCUAGUAAUGAACUCCUCAUUUCUGCUGGUAUGAGCUUAUUCGCACUCAAGUGCCGAGUUCCCCUGAGAUGUUCUCGUUUGGUUAGACUCACAUCGAUCUAUUCGAGACUUUACGAGACUACACGGCUCAGUAUCAGGCGGUCCUCGAGCCAUACUAUCACUCAGCACGAUACUGGGAUUCAAUAUGUCCGAAACAUAGGAAUUAUCGCUCAUGUCGAUGCAGGUAAAACUACCACUACAGAACAAAUGCUCUAUAACUGUGGUGCUUUGAAUCGAGCAGGACACGUUGAUCAGGGAGAUACUGUGACUGAUUUCUUGCCUAUGGAAAGGGAGAGGGGAAUCACAAUUCAAUCCGCCGCAAUUACUUUCAACUGGCCACCCAAGGAACGUCUGGAACCAAACAGCCAACCGCAUACUAUCAACCUAAUUGAUACGCCCGGCCAUGUGGAUUUCAGAUUUGAGGUCGAGCGUUGCAUGCCCGUUCUAGAUGGGGCUAUUUGCGUUAUUGAUGGCGUCGAAGGUGUCGAAGCCCAUACCGAGAGGGUUUGGGCUUCCGCCCAGGAGUUCAAAGUACCUCGUAUCAUCUACGUCAACAAGCUUGACCGUGACGGCGCCUCCUUUAAGAAAUCAGUUCAAGAUAUUGGAUUGAAACUCGGUGGAAUGCCAUUGGUUUGCCAAAUACCCUGGUGGGGUAAGGAUUCUGUAAAAGGUGUGGUCGAUGUCAUCUCUCGCUCUGUUGUUAGUUGGGGAGGGACUAAGGACACCCCUGAAGAACUCCUAAAGAUGGUACCCGAGGGCACCAUCAAAGAUGAGAUUGAGCAUGCACGUGAGAAGCUCAUCGAGCAACUUUGCGAGGAGGAUGAUGAACUCCUGGAAAUGUUUACCGCCGAAGGAAAAGACAUAUCCGCCGCAGCUAUCAAAAAAAGUAUUCGCCGAAUUAUUAACAAAGGCGACGGAUCUCUUAUACCCAUCUUCGCAGGAGCUAGCUUUAAAAAUAUUGGUGUUGCCGCUUUACUUGACGCAGUCAAGGACUAUCUGCCUAGUCCAUCGGAUCGACCCGAGCUCGAGGUCCGGAUUGGACGAACACAUCAACCUCUUAGCCAAGUUCUUAACUCUGCGAAGCCUUCCAAAAAGCAUCAACCACAUGUCGAGGCGUUAGCUUCGGUCUUCAAGGUGUCUCAUGAUCCCCGUCGAGGCAUGCUCACUUUUGUACGAGUUUACCAUGGUGUAGUGAGAAAGAAUAUCCAGAUGUGGAAUGCAAACCUCCAACUAUUCGAACGACCUCUAAACAUGAUGCAGAUAUCUGCAGCGCGAACUAUUGAGAUACCGCACCUGUCUCCGGGACAGAUUGGGGCAAUUACAGGUCUAAAGACUGCAAGAACCGGAGAUACCCUGGUAGUGUUUGCUCCUAGUAAAGCGCCGCAAACAGAACUUGCGACAAUACAGGUUCGGCCACCAGAUAUACCACCUGCUGUAGCCUUCAUCGUUUUAGACGCAUUUACCCCAACCGGUUCAAGAGCUCUCGAAACUGCUCUAGAGAAUCUCUCAAGAGAAGAUCCAAGUUUGCGGUGGUCUCAAGAUGAAAAAACGGAGCAGUAUACGUUAUCCGGAAUGGGCACACUUCACCUAGAAGUUGCUCGCGAUCGUCUUGAGAAACACUACAAGGCGGAAGCUGAGUGGGGCUCAAUCGCAGUUGACUACAAAGAAUGCUUGACAACGCCGACGCCUCUUCGCCGGGUAGUUUUCGAUAAGGUUAUCGCGGGAAAGCCCGGGAAGGCAGCUUGCUCCGUGAUUAUCGAACCUCUCAGUGACGAUUAUCGUGAGACACUGUCUGGAUCAUAUCUCGAGCGGGAUGGAAAUAUCAUUAAAAUCGUAUGCGUCGGAGAGCACCUCAUCGCCGACAUUGAACACACAAAGCAACAACUCACGAACGGUGUACUUUCGGCACUCGCGAGGGGUCCCCGCCGCAGUUCCCCGAUGCAGAAGUGCUUUAUUACAGUUACAUACGAUACGGCAACCGAUUUAUUCGAUUCAUCCCCGAGCUCACAUCUAGUCGGCGCCGCGAACAAGGCGGUAAGAGAAGCUCUCAAAGAAGCCCACCAGCAGCAAAACAUCGGCAUCCUCGAACCGGUCAUGAAGGUUACAAUCGUGUGUCCCGAAGUAUCAGCAGGCGCAGUCCAGCACGACCUACACGCAGUUCGUGGAGGCCACGUCCUCGAAGUCAAGGAUGUAGAAGAUACAGAAGCCCGAGAAGGUAACAUCAUCAAUGUAUCUGAUAUUUAUGCCCCACCGGAUCUGUACGAGUUUCAGACGACUCUUCGGGAGACACGGAAAGGUCGGCUACGGAUGCUGGAGAUUACGGCUCGCGUGCCGUUCGUGGAGAUGCUCGACUACGAUACUCUUCUCCGCGGGAAGACUCAGGGCAGGCAUACUCUUACCAUGGCUUUGGAUACUUUCGAAAAGGUCAUUGGUCCAAGGGAGAAGGCGCUAUAAAUAUCUCCAUGAUUAGCGACUUUGUUGUUUGUUGACUAGCAGUCUACAUACACCAAAAGUGUGCUCUGACAUAUUGAACUGAUAUGAUGAGACGAAGACAGGUUACGUACCUAGGAGAUACUACAUAUCUGAAC